AUGGCUCCGAAGGUCGCAAUCGUGGGAGCUGGUCUCUCCGGCUUGACCGCCUUGAAACAUUGCCUCGAGGAAGGCUUCAAUGCGACUGUGUUCGAAACCCGCCACGCUAUCGGCGGCCAAUGGCUCUUUGAAGAACCAGAUCCAGUAACGGGCAAAACAUCAACUUCAAUUUACCCAGGAGUGUUGCUUAACUCGUGCCGGGACACGUCAUUUUUCAGCGAUUUUCCUAUUGAUCCAGCGCAAUACCCGGAUUAUUUCGGCCACCUAAAAAUGCUACGAUACUUAGAAAGCUACGCAGACCAUUUUGGGCUCAGAGAGCAUAUUCGCUUUGGUACGAAGAUUCUAUCCUGUUCGCAAGGCAAAGAUGGGAGAUGGGAUGUCAAAAUUGCCCAAGAGGGAGCAGACACUAUAGAAGAUGCCUACGAUGCAGUAUUUGCAUGCUCUGGUGCUUUAUAUCAGCCGGCUGUACCUGAAUUCGAGGGCCUCCAGGCAUUUAAAGGUAGGGUAUUCCAUAGCCGCACAUAUAGAAGGCCAAGCGGCUUCGAAGGUAAGAGGAUUGCUAUAAUUGGCUUUGGAAACUCUGCAGCCGACUUAUCGUCGGAGCUUUGUUGCCAGGCGAGCGAAGUUCAUCUCAUUACUCGGAGAGGAGGAUGGGUCAUACCUCGAUUUUUUCUUGGGAAGCCCGUCGAAGCAUAUGACAAUAGAGUUUUUGAAACAUUGCUGCCGCACAGGUUCUCACAAUGGUGCCAAACACGGAUAACUAACCAUGCCCAGGGCAAACUUCCUGGUGCAAUACAGCCGGAACAUGGGCUAAUGGAAGCUAACGUUACAAUGCGAAGUGACUUAGUCGAAAACAUCAAGACUGGUCGUAUCAUUCCACAUCGAGCCGGUGUCGAGAGAAUUACAGAGACAUCAAUGGUCUUGACUGAUGGGGUGUCUAUCGAAGUUGAUGUCAUUAUCUGCUGCACUGGAUAUCAUCUUAGCGUUCCAUACGUUCCAGAGGAGAGCUAUCGGAUGAAAUACAACGAAAUCCUUAACACGAGCAAUUCAAUGGAUUUGUAUAAAUUGGUCGCUUCGCCAGAUUUCCCCAACCUAUUUUUCAUUGGUUUUGUGGAACUGGCUGGACCCGUGAUACCCGUUUCCGAAGCACAAGUGAGAUGGGCAACUUCAGUAAUUGCCGGUCGAGUUAACCUGCCUUCAGCUAGUAACAUGUAUGCAUCCAUAGCAAGAUUUCAAGGCCAUAUUGCCUCAAGGUUUGUCAAGUCGGAUAGGCAUGCAGUUACCAUCCGCUACCUCCCCUAUUGCGAUGACCUUCUAAAAGAUAUCGGCGCCAACCCCACAUUUUUCCGUCUUUUAUCCAAAAUAAUGACUUCCAACCCUGUUGCAGCGACCAGGUUACUUAUGGCAGUAUAUCUAGGCGUGAACUCUCCUGCUCAGUACCGACUCUUUGGACAUGGGAGAAAGGCCAAUCUUGCGUCUGCGAUUUUGUUGAGAAUAGCCAGGGAAGCUGGAGAGUUAAGUGACAAGGAAAAGGAGUAUCUUGAACUUGAUUCCCAGCAAAGGGCGCAGUGA